AUGCCGGUGGUCAAAGGAGGUGUCUGGACAAAUAUUGAAGAUGAGGUGCUUCGAGCGGCGGUGUCCAAGUAUGGUCUCAACCAGUGGGCGCGAGUAUCCUCGCUGCUAGCUAGAAAAACCCCCAAGCAAUGCAAGGCUCGAUGGGUGGAGUGGCUGGAUCCCGGCAUCCGGAAGGUCGAGUGGUCGAGGGAGGAGGAUGAGAAGCUACUACAUUUGGCCAAGUUGAUGCCCACUCAGUGGCGUACUAUUGCACCGAUUGUUGGACGCACAGCUACUCAAUGCCUCGAGCGCUACCAGAAAUUGUUGGACGAGGCGGAAGCUCGUGAAAACGAUGAGCUUGGUCUAGGCGGUCCUGAGGGUGGGGAGACCGCUGCACCAAGUGCAGACGAUGUGAGACGGCUACGCCCUGGCGAAUUAGAUCCCGACCCCGAAUCGAAGCCCGCUCGCCCAGAUACAAUUGACCUUGACGAAGAUGAGAAGGAGAUGCUGAGUGAAGCUAGAGCUCGUCUGGCGAACACACAAGGAAAGAAAGCAAAGAGAAAGGCUAGGGAACGACAACUGGAAGAAUCUCGGAGACUUGCUGUGCUUCAGAAGCGUCGUGAACUCAAGAAUGCUGGUAUCAACAUCAAGGUUGUCACCCGGAAGAAGGGUGAGAUGGAUUACAAUGCCGAUAUCCCAUUCGAAAAGCCGGCAGCCCCCGGUUUCUACGAUACAAUGGAGGAAGAAGCCAGGAAUGAGAGGCAGCGCGAAAUGUUCGACCCCCGUAAGCAACAGCUUGCCAACAAGCGCAAAGGAGACCAAGACGAGGAGGCGGAGCGCAAGAAGAGGAAAAAUGAUAAGAACAGCAACUCUGCUGCUUCUGCAGCAGCAGCAAGGGCUGGUCAAAUGCAGAAGAUCCGCGAGGCGGAGCAGAGUAGCAAAAGAAGAGCUCUUGUCCUACCAAGCCCUCAGGUCAGUGAAAGUGAGAUGGAGGAUAUCAUCAAGAUGGGUAUGGCAGGUGAUAAGGCCAGCAAAAUGGCUGGUGAUGAAGAAAUGACACGAGGCUUGCUUGGAAAUUAUUCGGCAAUUGUUGGCGGGACACCGAUCAGGACCCCUCGCGCUGCGCCGGAGGAAGAUCAUAUCGCCAAUGAGAUUAAGAACAUCAGAGCCCUUACUGAAACCCAGUCGUCAUUGCUGGGAGGCGAGAACACACCUUUGCACGAGGGAGGAUCUUCUACUGGCUUUGAUGGUAUUGCACCACGGCGCCAGGAGAUUGUCACACCGAACCCUAUGGCCACGCCUUUCCGACAGGCCAAUGGUGGUGUCGGUGCGACACCUAUGCGAGGAGGUGUUGGUCCGGGAGCGACUCCUUUGCGAACCCCCCGUGACCAUUUCUCCUUGAAUCAGAUGGAAGGGGGACAGCUUGUUGGGAGUACUCCGAAGGAGAUCAAGAUGCACGAGAAUUUUAUGCGCCAAAGCAUCCGCAGCAAGCUUUCCGCGCUGCCAAAACCAAAAGAAACCGAAUGGGAACUGGAGGAACUUCCUUCAGAGUCUGCAGAGCCAACCGUUAGCGAGGAGUAUGUGGAAGAGGACAUGGCAGAGCGAGAUAGGAGGGAAAGAGAGGCGCGAGAGAAGGCAGCUCAGGCUGAAUUAAAGCGUCAAUCACAAGUCUAUCAGCGAUCACUCCCCCGUCCAAGUGUUCUAGAUAUAGACGCGCUGGUUGAACGUGCGUCACAAGUGACGGAUCCGAUUGCCAGCAUGAUCUCCAAAGAGGCUGCUUUGCUUAUUGCCCACGAUGCUCGAAAAUUCCCUGUUCCUGGUGCUAAGGUAGAGGGCAAAGCACGGAAAGCGGAACGGAUUGAUGACGCGUUGAUAGAAGCAGCUCGCAUUGCUAUUGCCACCGAAGCAAAUUCUGAGGAAAAGAAACCAGAGUGGACAGAGGACUUCGAUGCUCAGUGGACAACUGCACAUUUGAAGGCUCUUCCAGGUCUCUCCAAUUAUGCCGACGACGGAGAGGACGAGUACCAACAAGAGCAACGUAUGAUUAGUGUUUUUGACAAUGUGCAAGUCUCUCUUCUUGCCACAGCCGAGAGAGGAAACAAACUCGAGAAGAAGCUUGCGCUGCAUUACGGCGGAUAUCAAAACCGGGCGAAAAUGCUACGGAGUAAGAUACUUGAAGCCAGCGCUGCUUUGGAGAAGUCAAAGGAUGAGCUAGAUGCGUUCCGUAACCUACAGAUUUCUGAGGAGGCAGCGAUUUCCACGAGGCUAGAGAAGCUGCGGGACGAUGUGGCUUUUGUCAUGAGAAGAGAGCGUGAAGCUCAAGAAGUAUACCGGACCCGAAAAGAGGAGCUUGAUGAGCUCAUUGCAGGGACAGGGGGGAUGAGACCGAUCGAAAAUUACUCCCCUAACGCGAUGGGCGUCAGAGAUUCCCAUGGGGAGGCAACCGCGACGCCGGACCCCGUUGAGAAGGGUUUCGCCACCCUCAACACCAUUCGGUAUGAUGGAGAAUUGAGAAAAGCCGAGAUCUUGUCUAUUAGACAGCGCAAAGAUGGCCCAAGCUUUUAUGUCCAUUACGUCGAUUUCAAUAAGCGUCUCGACGAGUGGAUUGAUUCCACGAGGAUUGAUUUAUCUCACGAGGUUGAAUGGCCACAGCCUGAGAAACCAGAGAAGAAGAAAGCAGGUCCUGGUAACAAAGCACCAAGCAAGAAUGCUCAGAAGCGUGCAAGAGCUGGAAGCCGCGAGGUUUCGGCAACCCCAGAUCUUUUGACGGGCAAGAAUACCAAUGUUGGCAAAGCACAGCGUCCGUCUAAGGCAGGCGGGAAAGAAAACCGUGAUGAGACGCCUGCAAAUUUGUCAAUCCUAGAUUCGGAAGCCAUUUCUGCAGAUGUGACCCCUAAGCCCGAAUCCGAUGAUGUUGAUAUGAUUGGCGUCAGCUUCACGGACACCAAGGAAGAGCACGAACAAGGUAAAAUGUCACGCGAAGAGGAAAUCGAACGAUUGCGUACCAGCGGGAGUAUGACCCAAAAUCCUACGGAAAUUCAUCGCGUGCGUAACUUGAAUCGUCUACAAAUGGGCAAGUUUGACAUUGAGCCCUGGUACUUCUCUCCUUAUCCUGCAUCGUUUUCAGAUGUCGACAUGGUCUACAUUGAUGAGUUUUGCUUGAGUUAUUUCGACAAUAAACGCGCUUUCGAGCGCCACCGUGCGAAAUGCACCCUUGUGCACCCACCUGGAAACGAGAUCUACCGAGAUGACCAUAUUUCAUUUUUUGAAGUGGACGGUCGACGCCAGCGCACCUGGUGCCGCAAUCUUUGCCUUCUUAGCAAGCUCUUCCUUGACCAUAAAACACUCUACUACGACGUCGACCCUUUCCUAUUCUACUGCAUGGCCACUCGGGAUGAGACCGGUUGCCAUCUGGUGGGCUAUUUCUCCAAAGAAAAAGAUUCCGCAGAAGGCUAUAACCUUGCUUGUAUCUUGACUUUGCCACAAUACCAGCGUCUCGGCUACGGACGACUGCUUAUUUCCUUUAGCUAUGAGCUCAGCAAGCGCGAAGGAAAGUUCGGCUCGCCAGAAAAGCCCCUCAGUGACCUGGGUUUGCUAAGUUACCGGCAAUACUGGCGAGAAACACUCGUGGAAUUACUCAUAGAGCCGGGCCGAGAGUCCAUGAGUGAGAACGAGCUUGCUGUGCUAACAUCGAUGACCGAGAAGGAUGUCCAUGAGACACUGGUCGUGUUCAACAUGCUUAGAUACCACAAAGGAAACUGGGUUAUUGUCCUCACGGACCAAGUCGUUGAACAACACAAUAAGCGCCUCGAGAAAGAGAAAAUCAAAGGGUCGCGCAAAAUUGACCCUGCUCGUUUACAAUGGAAGCCUCCAGUCUUCACAGCUUCAAGCCGAACAUGGAAUUGGUGA